AUGGCUGUGAACAAACUUUUUGGUGCAAUUUCUGCACUAUCUCUACUGCUUCUUCUUUCGAGCUUUGGUUGUAAAGCACAACUUUCACCUACAUUUUAUGAUUAUACUUGCCCGAAUGCUCUCACUACAAUCCGUUCCACUAUCCGGUCAGCGAUAUCGUGUGAACGGAGGAUGGCCGCGUCGUUGAUUCGCCUCCAUUUCCAUGAUUGCUUCGUGCAGGGUUGUGAUGGAUCAGUUUUGCUUGAUGAGACCCCUACAAUUCAAAGUGAGAAGACAUCAAAGGCGAAUAAUGAUUCUGCAAGAGGUUUCAAUGUUAUAGAGGAUGCUAAGACCGCAGUGGAGAAAAUAUGUCCAGGAGUUGUUUCUUGUGCAGAUAUUCUUGCAGUUGCUGCAAGAGAUUCAUCCGCUGCUGUGGGUGGUCCUUCGUGGACUGUAAAGCUUGGAAGAAGAGAUUCUACCACUGCCAGUCGUUCCCUAGCAGACAGUGAUCUUCCUGCUCCUUUUCACCAGCUUGAUAGACUUAUUACCCUAUUUUCAAACAAGGGUUUUACUCCGAGGGAAAUGGUUGCCCUAUCAGGUAAUAAUUGUGUUUAG